UCACUUUCAGCUUUUCAGCGCGACUUCUGGGGUGUAUGUACACUCGGACUCGCUUCGCUCGGGGGUCUCUCGUCGCGAUUUUCCCCGAAGGCGGUGUGCAGGUUGUGUGUGCCGGAGAGCGCCUUGUUCAGGAAGUUCGUGCGAAUUGACCGCCGUCAUUUCUUCUUCGCUUUUCCUCAGUCUGAGGAGAGGGCGCCACCGAAGAAGCAGGGAGCAGUUUCUGCAAGUCUCCGCAAAAAAUGUGCAUGACUUUCGCUGCAAGCCGGACGCGCUUCUUCGGGGGGUUGGCGACGGAGCGCUGUCCUCGAAGGUGGGCUUUGGCGAGGUCACUUCUCCAGACGCGAGGCGGUCCCAAACAAACGAUAGAGUUUCCAGGUUUCGUCGUUUCUUUCGAAAGGAGCUCCAGUAGACGUCUGUCUGCCGCUUCCCCUCAGGCGGCGUCUUCCUGCAGGUGUACCUCCACCCGGAGAGCACUCCUCUGCGAAUCUUAGCUUUCUUCACUUCUCUUCCCUCUUGCAUUUCUUUGAAGGCAAGUUCUUCUGCUGUCGCUUCCUCGCAAAGACGACUCUCUGCGACGAAGCUGCGUCUCCACCUUGCCGCCUCUGUGCUUGUCAGGGGACAGGAAAGAGACACGAGACUCUCUCACCGCCUCGCCGGUAAGCUGCUGGCGGCAGCACCGCGAGGCACUCCUGUUGAGCAGUGCGAGACUCAUUCGGUUUCUCCUGGCGACGCUCUGCCGAGUCGAUCCAGAUUUACUCCAUCGCCGGGCCGCCUGUGCGUCCUUUCCUUCAGCCAUCUGUCUGUUCCCCAGUUCUUCUCUUCGCUCUCCUCCCUGGAGUCUCGCGUCUCCUGUCUCUCCAACUCCGUCGAACGAGAGACAGAAGCUUCGUCUUUCGUGGCGCACCCGAGGGGGGCGAAGCGUCGCCUUCCUGUAGAGCUUCUCGUCUUGCCGUUUGUCUCGUCCCCGAGCAGCUGGAGCCACAGCCGACGUCAAUGGACAUAAAUAAAGUUUUUGUGUCAUGGGCGACAGAGAGAGACUGAACUUCCAGACCAAUUAUCCUGAAUGACUGCACUGGAGCCGCGCUCGAUCCUGCGAUGCGCUGGCGCCGUUCAGACUCAACGCGCCUCGAAGAUAUCUCUUCAUUCUGCAGAUUCUGGCGUCUCAAGUAGAAGCCUGGUUUGGUACGUCGCGUUUCUGUCAGGGCCUCCUGCUCACAGAGAAACGCGUCGCUGCACUGGAUGCCCGCAGACGCGCAGACGUCGCGGCGCGUCUCACGGACAAGCUGGGAGGAAGACCGACUGAAAAUGUUCUACGUCUCUCCUCUGACUUCCUCUUCGACGAAGCAUGCGCCUCAAAUCCAUGUCAAACUCUCGCUCUACGCACACAUACACACACACAAAUAUAUAUAUAUAUAUAUAUAUAUAUAUAUAUGAUUCAAUGUCCUGGAGUUAGGAUUUUGGUUUUCGUGUAUCUCGGUAGGGGAAAGUCCACUUUUUGAGCUUCCCUUUUCGCUUUUCUGUUACUUUGUGUCUUCGCUCUCCCUCGCGUAGAUGCCUCUCCUGUCGGUGAGUCUCCUCUGCGUGUCUCUCUCUGCCUGCUGGUUGGCGGGCCUUGUCUCGCCUUCUGUGCGGAUGCCGAGAGUCAGUCGGCGCCUUGUGAUUCUUCUAGCUUUGGCUAUUUACUGCAUGUCUCGCUUCGUCGAUCUUCCCUCUCUCUUCUCACUUUCUCUUGCUUCCACUGCUUCCUUCCGUCGAGACACUCCACCUCCCUUGACCUUCUCGCCACCGACGGCUCUGGCUUCUUCGCUCUCCUCUCCUCACUACUCUCCUCUACCCUCUGCUUCUCUCUUUUCUCCUUCGCCGUGCUCACCGCCUGCUUGUUCUCCUUCCCCCUGGUCUUCGUCUCCGCCCUCGUCUCGCGCGUUCGCUUGUCCUCGAGGCUCUUCCCUUCUCGGUGUAGAACCGUCGUUUGUGUCUCCCGUCGACUUGGAGAGAAGCGAAAAGAUCAGCUCGUCUCUCUCUCGAACGCGCCCUUCUCAACUGUCUGCGCGUCCUGCCCAGAGUCCCGAACGUUCCAGCAGAAGAGACACGAUGGAGUCUCUUCACAAGGCACCGCUGUCCAAAGUGUUCACGACCGCGCAUGCUCGUCUGUCCAGCGGGUCUCGCUCGUCUCCCCUGAGUCGUUUCGCUUCUUCAAGUUCCUCUCCGCAGGCAAUCUGCGGCAUCCUGCCUUGUUGUAGGAAGAGCAAGUCUCUGCGCGGCGCCUUCUUUUCUUCCUCCUCGCGCAGGGCUUCACCGAGAUUGUGUCGAUCUGCACUUUCUGGGCCUUCUUGUGAAUCCCCCGUUGGUUCCCCGACUCCUUCGUCUAUUCUUUCUCGGUCGGCCGCCUCACGAGUGUUAUUUUCGCUUUCCAAUGUUUCCCUUUUUUCUGCCUUUUCUACACCACUUCCACCCUGUUCCCAUGCGCGCUUUCCUUCUGCCGCGGCUGGCACUGUCUCUUCGUGCGUCCUCUCUUUCUGCGUGUCUCGUACGCCCUCUGGCUCUCGCUCUUCUCUUCCUUCCUGCUUCUCGUAUGUAGUUCAUUCUGUCUUGUCUGAUGCCCCAUCUCUCUCGCGGCAGACUCGAUGUCUCUCUUUCUGUUCGUGGACGCCCCCUUUGUCUCCCCUUUCUUCCUCUUUCGCUUCUCCGAGUCCUCGUUUCUCGGCCUCGUCGCCUUCCGGCUGGCUGUUCUCGCGGAGCCGAACGGAGAGCACCUCUGCCGGUCCGGAGUCGCCUUCGCAGGCGGAGUUGUCCCGCGGAACCUCAGGUGUCUCUGGCCCGCGAAGCCGCGCAGCGACACUGAAGACGUCGGAGCGAAGCGGCGCUUGGAGCUCCUCCUGGCGGACAUCGGCCAACUUUGCACAAGUCGGUUUAUGGCGAGGCUCUUCGUAUUCUCCUUCUUCCGCUGCGUCCUCCCCUUCAUCGUCUUCGUCCUCAGCUGCGAGCAGAAACUCGGUGCCUCGGCUGGAAAAGCCAGGGCGCGAAGCGGGGGGCGAGGGCCUUUCUCGAUCCCAAGUGGGUCUUGUGGGGAGUCUGUCGAAGUGGGGUGGACGUCGGACGGCAGCCGCGAGAGAGGAGACAGCCGUCUCCUCCUCGAGGGACAGGCUCGAGGCAGGCGAGGAGACAACGGAGGCUCCGAAGGCGAGAGGCGAACGCACGAGGCUGUCGGCGCUUCGCGUACGCUCCGGUUCCACGACGGAGGCGGAGGCCAGGCCUCUGCGGGUUCGCUGGGCCUCAGAUAAACUGCAUGCAAAGACUGGGCCGAGAGAGACCAGCUCGUCCGCGCGGCUCCGGAAAGAGCCUGAGAGACAGGACGCAGAGGCGGAGACAGGAGACACCGAGCCGCAGGUGGAUCGCGCCCAGAAGACGGCGCCGCCUCCGGGGUACGGGCGCGCCUGCGUCAGCUGGCGGAGAAGCACAGAAGGCAGAGACUCUUCUUCGCGUUUUUCUCCACUCGACGGAACUGCAGCUCGAGAGGAACGAAGGCUGGGGAAGAGUGGAACGGCUCUGAGGGCCAGCACUCGCGCGGGGGAGAAGGCGACAGGAAACUGGGGAGACAGGAGAGAGACAGGCGAGAACGCGGCGAAGGGGGGCAAGUCGGGAGAGGUGACGUCUGCAUGGAGCUCCUGGAAGAAAGCGAGUCCGGGGAGAAGAGUUGCAGGCGAGACAGGCACCGCUCAGCGACUGACCAGCUCGUCUGCAGUCUUGUCCUCUUCUCUCAGAGCCCAGAGAAAUGCCGGUGGAGAGGCGGCACCCCAGGAGAGACGUACCAAGACCCCCGCCUCUCUGUCUUCUCGUUUUCAAUCUUCUUCUCGCUUCCAACCUGCUUCGUCUUCUCACAUCCAGUCUCCCUCUUCUCGCUCCCAAUCUGUCUCUCCUUCUUCUCCUUCAUCUCCUUCGUCUCGGCGGCCGUGGGUGAAGUGGACGCCUCCUGCAGGGGAGGCGGCACAGAGCAGGAGGGGUGUUGGCUCUGGGGAGGCGAGGGCGGCGUCAAUGUCGUCUUCCCCUGCGUCUCUGUUGUUCUCGCUCGAGAAACGAGAAGAGGAAGAGUCCCGCAUGGCUGCCCUGCGGGCGGCUCUGUCUGCGGAGGAAGUCGCAGCUUUGCAGAAAGAGGUCGCGGAGAAAGUCGCCGCGCUGCCGGCGGAGUUUCUGCAGGCCUGCCGCCACGACGAGAAGGUCCAGGCAUUUGCGCAGCAACCGGACGAGAACGCGGCAGGCCGAGUUGAGGAUCGAAGUCCAGAAAAGAAACAAUCGGAGACAGCUGCGAAGAAGUUGACUGCGGCGUCUUCUUCGCCUCUAACCUUCUCUCCAGUCCAGUCAUGGCCCUGCGUGGUUCCGGCCAAUGGGUCCGCCGUCUCCACUCUGCUGACUCUGGCGAAUUAUCGCCUAACAGACUGCGAGCGUCUCCGCGCCAUGCAGCCUCCCGCUUCCUCCUUUUCGUCUCCUUUCGCGUUUUCUUCUUCGCAUUCGGCGUCUCCGUCCAGUGUCGCGUUUUCUCCAGCGCCCUUCCCAGCCGUGGCUCCGAGCCUGUUGCUGUCGCCAGAGGGGAAAACCGCCGACGCGCUGUUCCACGGGCACAAGCAGUACGCGAGAGCGGCGCAGAUUCUUCAGGAAGCGCCACUCGCGGUGCGGUCUCUUCCAGAAGCUCUGGUCCUCUUUCGCCUGAGGGGCCUCGCGUUCAAGGGCGCCGAGAAGCGCGUCAAAAUGGAGCCCAAUUCGGAGACAGGGACCCCGGCGCCGGUGUUCGCCUCGAGCACGCUCCAGGCUGUCGCAGAGGCGCUGGAGACAGGAACAUGUGCGGAAAUUCGAGAACGGAAACAGCAGAAGAGAGUGGAGGCGAUCGCGAGUCUCAUGCAGGUCGACGGCGUUGGGAGAAAGACUGCAGAAAUCGUGGUCGACCGAUGCGGCAUUCUCUCGCCGGAAGAGCUCCGCCUCAACCUCGCGGUCGCGAUUCGCGAGGAAGAGGCGAAGGCGAGAGGAGGCGAUGGUGACGGUGGAGACAGCUCACACGGAGGGAAGGUCGCUGGCAAGCGGGGAAAGCGGAGGAAGAAAGCAGAGACCGAAGAGCGAGAAGAAAGCGCCGGAGACGCAGGAACAGCCUCGACUCUCCUCAGCCUCUUCACUACCCCGCAACUGAGAGCGAACGUCCUCCACGGCGCGGCGCUAACGGCUCCCAUGCACCCAUCCGAAUUUCUAGUGUGGCAAAAAAAACUUGUCGCCGCUAUCGGCGACUCCACUUUCGAUUGUCUCACCUUCUCCCUGACCUCCACAGACUCCACUGCCUCUCCUUUUUCUCCUUCGGCGUUGUCUCCUUCGUCUUUGUCUCCGUCCACUUCGUCUCUCGCAUCUUCUUCUGGUGCGACGUCUGAAGAGACAAGCCAUUCUUUGGAUGCGAGGGAAGGAGAAAGAGAGGACGAAUUGAGUACCGAGGGUAUGGUGACGCCUGUGGUGGCGGUUGGCGGAGGCCUUUUCUCGAGGUCGGGGUCUGCGUCUGGGCUGCGUUCCGCAACUCGCGCGCGAGAGAUCGAUGUCCUUCUGUCGAUGCUUCCCGAACCUCUGCCUGUGCCGCCUGCCUCUCUGCUGUCUCGCGCUGGGGAGGGCGACGGUCGGAGACAGAGACAGGCUUCUCAGCAGAAAACUGGACAAAGUGGAGAGUCCGAGGCCGUUUUUGCGGCUCUGGAUUGGACAGAGGCGAGACGCAAGGACCUCCUGAACGGCGUAAAGCAAAGGAAAAACGAACUCCUCACCCGUUUCCUCGAUGUCCUUCAGAGACACAAUCUGGUGGAGCAUCUUCUAGAAGAGAAACUCAGCCACACUGCCUUCCCCUCGGCCCGGCUCAUUGUGCGGCUCCCCUGGAAUGCAGUCGCAAAGAGACAGCUUCGCGUUCGCGUUGUCUCGCCAGACCUGUUGCCUUUUGCCAGCCUGGAGAGUCGCUGCUCAGCGACGUCCUUCAAAGAAAUUCAGGAGCACGUGAGGAAGCAUUUCGACUGUCAGCUGACCCCUGAGCGUCUCAUCUUUUCUUCUUCUUCGCAACCGAAUUUGCGUUUUUCCGACGUCUCUUUGCCAGACGCUGGGGGCUGUGGAAGCGCAGAGGGAGGCUCUGGAGUGAAGGAGCAUCUAGAAAGAGAAGGCAGCGGAACGCAGAGUGAAGUGAGGAGGGAGAAGCUCAAGGGAUUGGUGGAGAAGUGGAUUUUCACAGAAGAUCAACUGAUACAGGCUCUCGAAUUGCCAGUACCCCUGUCUCUCGGCCAACGUCUCGUUAGUCUCUCCUUCCGUGGAUACAUCAGUGCCUCGGGACCGCAGAGACAGUCAGCCAGCAGAUAAAUGCAUAGGUGCUUGUGUUUCCCCUCUCUUCCUUCUUCUUCAGUUUCUUCAGUUUCUUCAUGUCUUUCUUUUUCUUCAUCACCUUCUCUUUCUCCUUUUUCUCGCUUCUCGUGUCUUCUUCGCUUCUCGUCUCUUUGUCUGUUUCUGUUCCGUCCUGGGCAGUUCCUCGCGUCGUUUCCUCGCCUUGUCAAGGAUUGGCCGCUUCGCUGUCUUUCCAGGGGGGCCUCACUUCCACUUCUUCGCCUUUUUCAAGCGCUUGCCAUCGGUCAGGCUUGUGUUCGUUUUUUAAGGGGUUGCACCAAAUCGCAUCGGAUGAGAAAACAACGUGCUCCCGUUUCUUUUUUGCUCUCUCUGCUUCGGAUGCUGACAAGUCGGCGUCCCUCCUCCUCUCCCCUGUGUACAUAUUUAUAUGUUUAUAUAUUUUCGCGUAUUGGCGUCUUCGCAUCUGUCUGAAUCUGUAUCUGCCUGGCUACUCACGCGCAUGUAAAUGUAUGUAGAUUCUGAUUCUGUUGAACCAAACGCUGAACUGAGGAGGAAAAGGCGAGUGAUGUGGAGUUGAGUGUUGCUGCGCUUCCAGGUCGUGCGGUCAAGCUGGACUGAGGCAUCCCUGCUUUCUCGUUUCUCUUUCCUGGUUUUAUUCAGCUUGUACCUGCAUGCAUGCUCCGUCUCGUUCGUGACUCCAGGAAGAUCGGCAGUCUCUGAAGGAACGGUGAAGAGCUUUUCGUUGCUUCUUGAUCGUGGAAAACGCCACGCACUUUGCGCCUG